CAGUGCAAGCAAGCAACUUUUUUACCAGAAAAAAUUGGCUACCAACAAUUUUAAAUAAGCUCGAGUUAAAUUAGCUAAAAAUAGUAUCGGUGGAAAAUUUAGCAUGACGUGUUCUUACUAAAAUUAGCAUUAGUGAUUAAAGACCUGAUAAGGGGACAGAUCAAGAAACUUCAUGUCUGGGUCGGGUUCAGCUUUCCUGGGAAAGCCAAGUCACCAUAAACACUGGUUUCGGAAUCAUGAGAUAAAGUGAGCCUUUGAGAUUGAAAAUGGCGUCAGGAGACGAGCGUCACAAGAAUCUUGAACACAAUCGAUUUGUUUUACGCAGUUUGUCGCAGGGAGAUUUGGUCGAGUUCAAGAGAGGAGUCUAUUCUCACUGGGGAGUUUAUGUGGGGAAUGAGGAUAUCAUACAUCUGGCGGGAGAAGACAAUGAUGGCAUCAACGCUAACGUACAAGCACAACACGUUCUGACCGUGAGUGGACACAGGUUUGACAAGGCCAAAGUCUGCAGGGCCAACUUUUGGACGAUUGUCGGGGCCGACCCGGCCUACAAGAACAACACAAGAGACAACAAAUGGAGCCCCUUCCCUCCCCACCAGGUGGUCAAAAAUGCUCUUGAGAAAGUUGGCAAGAAGGGCUACAGUUUGCUAUAUGAGAACUGCGAGCAUUUUGCCAAGUGGUGCCGCUAUGGCAAAGCAAAAAGUGACCAGGUUGACACUGUGGUGACUGGGGUUGCUGUAGGUAUGGCAGGAGCCCUAGUGCUGGGUCUUGUGUCGGCUUUUACUAAAUACUGGGGCAAUAAUAACACAGAGGAGGAAGAGGAGGAGGAGGAGAGGAGGCAGGAGCUCUGAUCUGAUAUAAUGUUUAUCAAAAGGGAGGAGGAGGAGAGACCAGAACUCUGAAGUGUGUCUCAAAGGGGAGGAGGAGAAGAGGCAGUCACUUAUUUCCUACUGCUGUCUGGGUGUGUGUAUCUUAUUUAGGGAAAGCGGAGAAGGAAAGACGAGAGCUCUGAAGUGUGUCAUAAGGCCCGGUUACACAUAACAAUGAAUUGUACAAAUAUUGGACAGCCUGUCUUUCAUACAACAAAUUAUUACGUGUAACUUGUGUAACCGCAAAAUUGUAUAAAAAAUUGAAGGAUCAGACGAUGGACUGAAGAUCAGAUCGUGAAAUCAAAUGAUGCCAGAUUUUUUCGUGUGAUGUGGGUUAGAUUUGGGAGAGAUGGACUGGGAUGCCGAAUCCCUUUGAAAUGUGCCGCCACAUAGAAUUAAACAUAGCAUGCACAAAAGUAGUGUUUUCGGUCACGAAAGCGAAAUUUUCCAUACUGUCGGCAUUGAGGUUGGAGCAUUGCGCAAGCAUACCAAUAUUAUCGAUGUUAGGGCUGGGUGAGUCAAGUGUCUGACAUGAAAGAUUCUGCCUUAAUGCUGCCUGGUCACUGAACAGUAUGACGACUCAGUCAAAUGACUCUGUUCUUUUCUUUAUCGAGAUGUACAGACCCCAUUAAUGUCUGUGAAAGACCAAAGACUAUAGUCGCAAAUUAAUAGAAAGGCUGUACAAAUAACUUGUGUCAUUUUGCAAACAGUUUAAUCAAUCAAGAUGCAACCAAAGACUUUUGUCAUUAAAAAAAAAAAAUCUGGGCUUAAAUAAUCUCUGAAAAACAUUCAAGCCAGAACUGCA